AGCACCCCAGCUGGCCUUAAAACGGGAGCAUAGCCGGCCAUUCCGGUCACCAUGCGCCAAGAAAGGAGUGGUGACAGGAGGAGCCGCCACCCUUGAACAGGGACCCAAACCGGAGACUGGGGCUCCUGCUGCCGGCCUGACUGCCCGCCCCUCACUGGCUCUUCUUCCGUGAUGCAGACCUGUGUGCCCCCCACCUCCUGGACCCUCCUCCUGGCCACACUGGGCUCCGCAGCCAGCCUGUCACUGGAGCCCGGCUGUACUGCCCGACACCUGGCCAGGUACAGCCUCACCUUCACGGGCAAGUGGAGCCAGACGGCCUUCCCCAAGCAGUACCCCCUGUUCCGGCCGCCCGCCCAGUGGUCCACGCUGCUGGGGGCCACGCACAGCUCUGACUACAGCAUGUGGAAGAAGGACGAGUUUGUCAGCAACGGGCUGCGGGACUUCGCUGAGCGCGGCGAGGCCUGGCCCCUCAUGAAGGAGAUCGAGGAGGCUGGCGAGCAGCUGCAGAGCGUGCACGGGGUCUUCUCCGCCCCCGCCGUGCCCGCUGGCACAGGGCAGACAUCCGCCCAGCUGGAGGCCGACCCCCGGCACUCGCUGGUCUCCUUUGUGGUACGCAUCGUGCCCAGCCCCGACUGGUUUGUGGGCGUCGACAGCCUGGCCCUGUGCGAGGGUGCCCGCUGGAAGGACCGCGUCUCCGUGGACCUGUUUCCCUACGACGCGGGCACCGACAGCGGCUUCACCUUCUCCUCCCCCAACUUCGCCACCAUCCCGCAGGGCACAGUGACUGAGAUAACAUCUUCCUCCCCAAGUCACCCCGCAAACUCCUUCUACUACCCACGGUUGAAGUCCCUGCCCCCCCUGGCCACAGUCAGCUUGGUGCGCCUCCGGCACAGCCCCCGGACCCUCCUCCCGCUGCCCACCCCGGACCUGACCGCCAGGGGGAACGAGAUUCUGGACACUCUCACAGCUCCAGAGACGCCGCUAGACUGCGAGGUGUCCCUGUGGUCCUCCUGGGGACUGUGCAGAGGGCGCUGCGGGAAAUUGGGGGCCAAGAGCAGGACCCGCUACGUCCGAGUGCAGCCCGCCAACAACGGGACGCCCUGCCCCGGGCUGGAAGAGGAGGUGGAGUGCACCCCUGACAACUGCGUCUGAGACUUGUCCCGAGACCCUCCGCCCCUGGA